AUGUAUGAGAAAUUUGAACAGGGAAAACUUUUACAAGUUAGUUUGCUUGUAAACUUAGAAACAACUCUUCAAGCUUUUCAAGAAAAAAUAAACGAUAUCUAUAUCGAAUAUGCAAACCAGUAUAACAUUGACGAGGGAGAGUACCAUCUCGAUAUUAUUUAUGACAGGAAAAAUGCAACUGUUAAAAUCAAUAAAAUAGAAGACCUUGGAGAAAACGUUUAUAUUUCUACAAAAUAUAACAACUUGGCAUGGUAUAGAUUUAUGAGGAUGUUAAAUCAGCCUGCAGCAUAUCCAGUACACCCAGACUUUUAUGAAGUCGAAAACCCUAAUGGAACAUAUGAAAAUGUUUUCGACCAAGAUGCUAUUAUUGUUCAUGCUUCAUUUUCUGGCGCCCAAAACUCUUUCUUAUGCUUGGCAAAUGACUUUUACGAAAAACCUACAAAGUUAUACGAACCACCAAGUGGAAGUAUUUCAGACUUUCAAGUAUGGUUUACUACAGAUGGAAGAAAAAGAAUAAUUCCAUUAUACCAUGCGUUUUACUUAGAACUUAGUUUCAUAUACAACUACUAUCGAACGGUAAAAAUAUAA